AGUGUGGCUGCGUGGUCGGAGAGCGGAGCUGACGGAGCUGCUUUUUCAUUGAUGAAAAGACGUGAAUUUAGAGGAGAAACAAACUAAAGCAUCGAUCCAACAUCUCUACCAACGUUCGUAUCGAUACUUGGAUCGAUCACCCACCCUGAUCUCCUGGAUGUGACCUGAGAACAGCGCUAAUCUGUCUGUGGGCUCAGCUACAGGAGGAGAGUCUGACGGAGCAGCAGAGGAACAUUUUCAGCCUCUACAGAGGAAACAAUGAGUUCAACACAACAGGACCAACAUGGACAGAGAAUUGAGUGCUCUCAGGAGGCUGACAAACCUCACAGAACAAAGGGAGUAAAAAAAUACUCCUGUGAUCAGUGUGGGAAGAAUUUUCCUGAUAAAGCUAAAUUGAAAUAUCAUCAAGUCAUUCACACUGGAGAGAGACCGUUCAGCUGUGACGUGUGUGGAAAGUCUUUUACCCUGGCUGGAAACUUAAAAACACACCAGCGCAUCCACAGUGGAGAGAAACCGUACCGCUGUGAUCAGUGUGGCAGAACUUUUACUCUCAAUAACAGUUUAAAGAGUCAUCAAAUUACCCACUCUGGAAUUAAGGCAUACAGCUGUGACUAUUGUGGAAAAGCCUUCAGCCACAUAGGGAGCAGAAAUGCACACCUCCGCAUUCACACUUUACAUGACGUGUACUGCUGUGAUCAAUGUGGUAAAAAGUUUGCAACAGAUUACCACAGACAACAGCACAUGUUUACCCACACUGAGGAGAGGCCUUAUCAAUGUGACCUGUGUGAUAAGACAUUUAAAGCUCCACAUUACCUCAAAGUACACCAAAAGAUCCACAGCAGAAAGCGACUCUACAAGUGCAGUUACUGUGAGAAGCAGAGCCACACAGAUGGAUCCAGUUCUCAGCCAUGUCUUCUCUGUGGUGGUGGGAAAGCGUUUCGCUGUGACUUUUGUGGGAAAACCUUCAAUCAUCAACACACCUUAAAAACACAUCAGCGUAGACACACUGGACACAACCUGAACUACUGCAAAGAAUGUGGGAGCAGCUUCCCCACAGCACGUGGAUUAAAACGACAUGAACUCUACCACAGUGGGGUUAAAAAGCACGUCUGUGACCAGUGUGGGUCAUCGUUCGCCACUGAAGACUACCUUAAAGUACAUAAACGAGUCCACACAGGAGAGAAACCACACAAGUGCAGACACUGUGAGCAAAGCUUCUCACAAGCAAGUAGUCGUAGCCUUCAUGAACGUGCACACAUUGAAGGGAACUUCAGCUGUGACCAGUGUGACAAGAGCUUCAAGAAUCUUGGUUCAUACACCCGACACAAACGAUCCCACGCUUCAAAGAAACUGUUUCACUGUUACCAAUGUGCAAAAACAUUCACUUCAUUAUCUGCUCUGUCCAAACAUCAGCGUGAUCAUGCAGGGCGGAAAUCAUUCCCAUCAUUGGAUCACAAUGAAUCUGCAGACACACAAAGAUCCUCUUCUGGUUGCACAGUCAAACUUGAAAACCUUGAGAUCCAGAUCCACUGAAUUCCGAUGGAAUCUCCUGUAAACAGUGUCAGUUAAUGUCACACUUUGAUCUGAUGAAGUAGCUCUGAUUUCUGGAUUUGCAGUGAAUAAUCCUGAAUCUGACAGUUAGGAAUCUGCAAGUACAGAUAUAUACAUCAAGGUUUUUAUUUUUCUUUGAGAAAUUACAGUAUUUAGUAGUAGUACUUGUAUUAAAGAAACGUCUGCUAUAUCCAACUGAUACUGCAGCCAAACUUUAUCUUUAAUAAGUACUUAAAGGUUGGUUGAGUCAGUGCAGCACUGUGUUCAAUAAGCAGCAGCCAUCGAUAACUACAGACAUCAUGUCUCAUUAGAAUUUAAUUAUUCAACUAAAUAAUUUCUCACAGGUGACCCUGUCUGUGGUUAUGAAUAUUAGCAGGUCAUUAAUAUCCAUUUAUAACACUACAAUAAAGUUAGAGUUGUUAUAAUUGGAAAUCGAGGGGCCCAUAGCUCAGGAGGUAAAGCAGGUCAUACACUAAUUGGAAGGUUGGCCGUUGGAUUCCUGGCUGCUAGAGGCUGCAUGCCAAAGAUACUGAAGUCCAAGUUGCUCUCUGAAGCAAUCAUUGGAGUAUGAAUGUGUGUGAAUGGACAGAAAGCACUUAGCUACAGAUGGAGGUGCUUGUAUGAAUGGGCGUGAAUGGCUAAAUGCAAAAUGUUGUAUAAGUGCAUUAACUGCUCAGCUAGAGUAGAACAGCGUCAUAUAAGAACUAGUCAAUUUACCAUUUAUAGUUUGUUUUUAAUUACUCUGAAUUUUCUUUUUGUAAUUUUAGUUUUUAAUCCAGUUUAGUUUGUUCCAAGUAUGGAUUUAUAUUAGCGUAGGUUUUUCUUUGUUUCCUUUUUGUGUUACUUUUCUUUGUAUUGCAGUAAUAUGUGGAAGUGUUGUCAGGAAGAGGACAGAUUUAGGAAGUACAGAGCAGGUAUUACAAUUCAAACACAGCAUCUUUGUGAAUGACUCAGUGAUGUAGAAAUCCAAGUCUCAGACAUCUGCCCACUGAGUUAGCUUUGAAUCUUUUUAUAAUCCUUUUAAUGCUUUUGAUUUUAGUCAUGGGUGUAAACUUAAACAUGAUCAGCAUUUUAACUCUGACCUAAAGAAUGUGGAAAAGAGACUCGUGGAUCAACAAGAUCCACGAGGAAAUAAGAAGUCGUUCUUAU